AUGCACACCGGUCUCUCUCAUUACACCCUGCAGCACGGGUGGGUUGUACAAUCACUAUCUCCCGAGCUUUGAAGCAGUCUGUCACACGACUGAUGGCUGUCCAGCUGUGCAUGGUGAGAGGCAGGCAGUUAUGCAUUGGGAAUACAGUGGAUAUACCGAGUCUGUAGGAUUUCCAACUGGGAGCUCAAGCACUCGGCAGCUACUGGGAAAUAUUCACAAUCGUCUCCUGCCUACUCCUGCUUCCAAUGACAUCACAUCAAAGAACUGGGGAAGACUGGAUGCUUUACCCGGAGUCCUAGCCGCGGUCUGCACAGUGUAUCGUCUGCUUCGCAUAUGAAACAUGGCCGCAGUCCCUCAGGUCGACCCAGAUCGGUGGCCUCCUUCCCUAAUGUGGUGGGGCCUCUUGAGAAGCUGGACGACGCAGAAGAAACAUCACCGCUCCUGGCUGAGGAAACUUCACUCCUUGCAGUGCGCAGCAAAGUGGUGCAAGGCGAUGACGUCAGUCUGCAUUUCGUUUCCAGCAGCACCGACCCGUCCAGUCCCGGUCCCAGGAGCUCUCUGUUUCUGAACAGCCUGAGUUUGAGCAAAGACCUGAUAGAGGGCGCCAGACAGAUGGGACUCAACUACUGGCUCCGCUUUUCCAAGGGCCUGAUCCUCUUCACCAUCACAGUAAUCUGCACCGUGACGUUCAUUUUGGACUCUGAAGACCCCGAAUCCCUUCGGCUCACAUUUGCGUCCACUACACCAAAACUGAUUCACAGUGAAAGGACGGAGAGCAACUUCGGAGUCCUGCGCAUCCGACUACAAGGACCUUUGGAAGAGAACGGCGACGGCAACCUGUCUGCCUCAGUGCGCCUGUACUCUUCGAGCAACGAAAGUUGGACUUUGGAUGUAAACAACACGAUGCUGGAACAAGGGGAAAUAAAUGAGUUUGAUUAUUCUUUCGGAUGUCAAGGGAAUGCCGAUGGCUACUGCAACAUCUCUGUGGUAACCAGCGGAGCUGUGGUUCCUUUGGCGUUUACAGUCCGAGAGUUGACUGAUCAGGUGGAAUUCGAGAUCAUCUACGCUGCCCUUGUACUAGUCUUUGUGUACGUCCUCAUCAUCUUUGAUCUGGUUCACAGGACACUGGCGGCCACAGUCGGCGCUCUAGCUGUCCUUGCAGUGCUGAGUGCCAUUCAUGAGCGCCCGAUUAUCGAUAAAAUCAUAGAAUGGCUGGACAUGGACACGCUGAUGCUGCUUUUCGGAAUGAUGAUCAUUGUGGCUGUAAUUUCAGAAACGGGAAUCUUCGAUUACUUGGCUCUAAAGGCUUAUCGUUUGGCGCGGGGGAAGGUCUGGCCUCUCAUCACCCUCCUCUGUGUCUUCAGUGGAGUUCUCUCCGCCUUCCUCGAUAAUGUCACUACUAUACUCCUCAUGGCUCCAGUCACCAUCAAACUAUGCGAAGUUCUUAAUCUGGAUCCCCGUGUGAUUCUCAUCGCUGAAGUUCUCUUCUCUAACAUCGGUGGAACUGCCACGGGCAUUGGCGACCCACCAAAUGUUAUCAUCAUUAACUGCUUUGGAAGACGAGGUGAAUAGCAUGGUAUAACUUUUUCUAAUUUUACGGCCCACAUGAGCAUUGGCAUCAUCUUCGUCGCUGUUGUGUCUUACGGCUUUUUACGUUUAUACUACCGCAAAAUGCGACAAAUCGAGAAUCCGGACCCUCCAGAAAUAGCAGAACUGCAGCAUGAGAUAGAGAUGUGGCGAAGGGCCGCCUCAAGAGUGGUCGUCGUUACCCGUGAGGAAACAUUGAUGAGAGCUCUCUUCUUGCAGAAGGUCGCAGAGCAGGAGAACCAGUUAAACAGAACCCUUCAUCGAAAGAGGAAGGAAGAAAUCAAAGACUUUAACGAACAAAUAACUCAAUUAGAAAAGGAGUACUACAUCAGAGACUGGAAACUGCUUUUGAAGUGUGGUGGGGUACUUCUGGUAGUGCUGGCUUUCUUCUUUAUGUACUCGUUUGUUCCUAACGUCUACGUUGGCAUAGGAUGGAUUGCUGUCUUGGGCGCCAUUGUGCUGUUAGUCCUGGCGGACAUCAAUGAUCUGGAAAGUAUUUUACACAAAGUGGAGUGGCCUACACUGCUCUUCUUUGCAGCACUGUUCAUUCUCAUGGAGGCGUUGGGUGAGUUAAACCUUAUUACGUGGAUUGGAGACCAAAUGAAGGAAUUUAUCAAGAGUAUUGACAAGGAUCAACGGCUGACCAUAGCAAUAGUCAUCAUCGUCUGGGUGUCAGCUUUAGUCUCCAGCUUUAUUGACAACAUUCCAUACACAACAGCAAUGGUGCCUAUCCUACGACAACUAAGUGAAGAUGCAGAUGUUGAGCUGCCACUCUUGCCACUAGCUGCAUCUCUUGCCUUUGGAGCAUGUUUGGGUGGAAACGGGACACUGAUAGGAGCAUCAGCGAAUGUUGUAUGUGCUGGAAUAGCUGAGCAGCAUGGAUACGACAUAAAUUUUCGACACUUCUUCAAAGUGGGAUUCCCUAUGAUGUUAGUCACCGUAUCAACGGCAACAGUAUAUCUUCUAAUUGUUCACAGUGCAAUUGGAUGGAAUGAAGCAAGUUCUCCAUCAGAACCUUCUUGACCUAAAUUUAUCCUCAUGGUACAAUUUUCUUCAAACUUUGCCACAAAUCUUUGUAUUGAUACACUCCAGAAACCACUCAAUAUUUUAAAAUCAAUAUAAUCAAAAUAGCACUCCCUUUUCAACUUAUUUUCAACAAUGUUUCUCCAUUAUGGUUCUCUUGUAUGAUGACAGGUAUUUUAUUCUCUAACAUCUGUCCAUUUAUCUGCUGCUCUGUUCAUUCAAUGACAAGAAACCAUGAAAGUCUGCCAAUGACAUUCUAUUACUGCUGCUGAAGAUUUGCUGAUAUAUACAUAUUUUGAUAAAAUUUUGUAGUUGUCCAAGUGUAAGUUUGAAAAAAUGUGACUGUCAAACAAUUGCAACAUUUCUGGGCUGGUGACAGACAUGUUAUAAACCAGUCUCUUCAUAAAAACUGGCAUGAACAAUAUAAACUUCUAACUGUAGUUAUGGUGCCACUCAUCAUCCAAAUAAUGUAAUCUUGCUUCUUUAUCGCAUUCUUGGUUGCUACAUAAAGUGGGUUUUUUUGGGGGUGGUGUGGGGGUGUGUGUGUGUUUGUGAGUGUGCACGCAUGCACAUUUUAACUGAUAACUUGAUGUACAGUGAAUCUGAAGUUUAAAUAAACAUUUCGAUAAAGACAAUUAGCCUCAAGUGCAUUCAACUGUAAGUGUUCAAAGAUUUUCAUUCAUAAUGUUCUUUAGUAUGUCAAAGCAUUUCAACAUAGCACCUCAGAUUUGUUUUCUAUAACGGUCAGAAACUUCUGAAACUUGAGCACUCAGCAGUUUCUAAACAAACCCAUUUACAUUUCACCAACAGACUUCCUUUUGAAGUAGUAUUGAAAAAAAAAAAAAA